CUGGCCGAGGGAGGGCGGAGCCGCACCCGAGCCGAGCGCCGCCAUCGGACGCCGCCGCCGCCCCCAGACGUCGCCCGGGAGUGGCCGUCGAGCAGCCGCCACAGUGAAUCAGCGACGGAAAUAGACGCGGCGCAGGCCGCCGGAGAAACCCACGUGCUGAGGCGGUCCCAACGGCGGCGACUCGGUCACCAUGACGACGGACAUCGGCGUGCCGCGAUGGGAUCCGGUCACCAACCAGGACAUGGGCGACGAGAUGGAGUACGACGGGGGCAACUCGUCCUCCCGCCUCUUCGAGCGCUCCCGCAUCAAGGCGCUCGCAGGUGAACGAGAGAAUGUGCAGAAGAAGACGUUCACGAAGUGGGUGAACUCGCACCUGGUGCGCGUGCAGUGUCGAACGGCCGACCUGUACACCGACCUGAGGGAUGGCCGCUACCUGCUCAAGCUGCUGGAGGUGCUGUCGGGCGAGCGGCUGCCCCGCCCCACCAAGGGCAAGAUGCGGAUCCACUGCCUGGAGAACGUGGAGAAGGCGCUGCAGUUCCUGCGCGAGCAGCGCGUCCACCUGGAAAACCUGGGCGCCCACGACGUGGUGGACGGCAACCCGCGUCUCACACUCGGCCUCAUCUGGACCAUCAUCCUACGAUUCCAGAUCCAAGACAUCACGAUCGAGGAGACGGACUCGAAGGAGACGCGCUCGGCCAAGGACGCGCUGCUGCUCUGGUGCCAGAUGAAGACGGCUGGCUACCACAACGUCAACAUCCGCAACUUCACCACCUCCUGGCGCGACGGCCUCGCCUUCAACGCACUGAUCCACAAGCACCGUGCCGACCUGAUACAGUACGAGAAGCUGAGCAAGGCCAACCCGAUGCACAACCUGAACAACGCCUUCAACGUGGCGGAGUCGCAGCUGGGCCUGACCAAGCUGCUCGACGCGGAGGACGUGUGCAUGGAACAGCCGGACGAGAAGUCCAUCAUCACCUACGUGGUCACCUACUACCACUACUUCUCCAAGAUGCGCGCCGAGACGAUCCAGUCCAAGCGUAUCGGCAAGGUGGUCGGCACGCUGAUGGACAACGACCACAUGGUGCACGAGUACGAGAGCCUGACGUCAGAGCUGCUGCGCUGGAUCCGCGAGACCAUCGAGCAGCUGGGCCAGCGCCAGUUCGCCAACUCGCUGCGCGGCGUGCAGGAGCAGCUCGUCCAGUUCAACUCGUACCGCACCGUCGAGAAACCGCCCAAGUUCGUGGAGAAGGGCAACCUGGAGGUGCUGUUGUUCACCCUCAAAUCGAAGAUGCGCGCCAACAACCAGCGGCCAUACACGCCGCGCGAGGGGCUCAUGAUCGCCGACAUCAACCGGGCAUGGGAGAAGCUGGAGAAGGCCGAGCACGAGCGCGAGCUGGCGCUGCGCGAGGAGCUGAUUCGCCAGGAGAAGCUGGAGCAGCUGGCCGCCCGCUUCGACCGCAAGGCCGGCAUGCGCGAGACCUGGCUGUCGGAGAACCAGCGUCUCGUCUCACAGGACAACUUCGGCUUCGACCUGACGGCCGUGGAGGCGUCCGCCAAGAAGCACGAGGCUAUCGAAACCGACAUUCUGGCGUACGAGGAGCGCGUGCUCGCCGUGGUGGCUGUGGCCGAGGAGCUGCAGACGGAGAACUACCACGACAUCGAGCGUAUCAACGCCAGGAAGGACAAUGUGCUGCGCCUGUGGAACUACCUGCUGGAGCUGCUGCGCGCCCGACGCAUGCGCCUGGAGCUGAGCCUGCAGCUGCAGCAGAACUUCCAGGAGAUGCUCUACAUCCUGGACAGCAUGGAGGAACACAAGAUGCGGCUGCUCUCCGACGACUACGGCAAACACCUGAUGGGCGUGGAGGACCUGCUCUCCAAGCACGCGCUGAUCGAGGCCGACAUCAACGUGCUGGGUGAGCGCGUCAAGACGGUGGUGCAGCACUCGCGCCGCUUCGUGGACGAGGAGACGGAGGAGGGCUACCGGCCUUGCGACCCCGCCAUCGUGGUGGAGCGCGUCCAGCAGCUGGAGGACGCGUACGCCGAGCUGGUGAAGCUGGCGCUGGAGCGUCGCUCGCGGCUGGAGGAGUCGCGCCAGCUGUGGCAGUUCUACUGGGACAUGGCCGAGGAGGAGAACUACAUCCGCGAGAAGGAGAACAUCCUCAACGCCGCCCACAUCGGCAACGACCUCGUCACCGUUCACAUCCUGCUCGCCAAACACAAGGCGCUGGAGGACGACCUGGCGGCGCACGAGUCGCAGCUGCUGGCCAUCACCCAGGUGGGCGACGAGCUGGUCAACCAGGGCCACUUCGGCGCCGACCGCAUUCGCGGCCGCAUCGACGAGAUCGUCGACAUGUGGAACCGGCUGAAGGAGCGGGCCGAGCGCCGCCGCCAGCAGCUGGAGCAGGCCAUCGGCUACCACCAGUUCUUCGCCGACGCCGACGACGUCGACACCUGGAUGCUGGACACGCUGCGCCUGGUGUCCUCGGACGACGUGGGCGGCGACGAGGGCGGCGUGCAGAACCUGCUGAAGAAGCACAAGGACGUGGACGACGACAUGAAGAACUACCAGCAGACGAUCGAGCAGCUGCGUGGCCAGUCUCAGGAGAUCGGCCCCGAGUACCGCGAAAACCCCGAGGUCAAGGACCGCGUCGACAGCAUCGACAACAGGUACCGCGAGCUGAACGAGCUGGGACAGCUGCGUAAGCAGCGCCUGCUGGACGCCAUGUCACUGUACAAGCUGUUCUCUGAGGCACAGCGCGUCGACCAGUGGAUCACCGAGAAGGAGCGCAUGCUCCACAACAUGGUGCCGGGAGAUGGCAAGGACGUGGAAGACGUGGAGAUCCUCAAGCACCAGUACGAGGGCUUCGACAACGAGAUGAACGCCAACGCCAGCCGCGUGGGCGUGUGUACCAGCUUGGCCAAGCAGCUGCUGCAGGUGGAGCACCCCAACAGCGAGGAGAUCGUGGCCAAGCAGAGCGAGCUUAAUGACAAGUGGUCGACGCUGCGCGAGAAGGCCGAACAGAAGAAGGAGGAGCUGGAGAGCGCACACUCCUACCAGACGUUCCACAUCGAGAUCCGCGAGACAGUCAGCUGGAUCGAGGAGAAGACCAAGCUGCUGCACCAGACCGAGGGGCUCGGCUCGGACCUGGCUGGCAUCAUGACGCUGCAGCGCAAGCUGAACGGCAUGGAGCGUGACAUCGCAGCCAUCCAGGCCAAGCUGGACGACCUGGAGCGGGAGGCGCAGCGCAUCGAGCAAGAGCGGCCGGACGAGGCGGCCGAGAUCAGCGCAACAUCAGCCAGCUGCAGGAGCCAUGGAAGGAGAUGACGGAGCUGCUGAAGGAGCGCUACUCCAAGCUGGAGGAGGCCGGCGACCUGCACCGCUUCCUGCGCGACCUGGACCACUUCUCGGCCUGGCUCACAAAGACUCAGACGGACGUGGCUUCGGAGGACAUUCCGCAGUCGCUGCCCGAGGCU